UUGUGUGCGCGAGAGGUCGCUGGUAAAGGUUGGGUGCCUCGCGCCGGGGGCCGUCGGGAGGGAGCGCGCCCCCGCCCCCUCCCCGGCCCCCGCUCCUGCCGCGCCGUGCCGGGCUCCCACUUCCCGUCGGCCCCCGCGGGAAGGUCCUGGGGCUCCCCCGUGUCCCCCCAAGACAGGGGCCGCAGGUGUGAUGGUUGGCUCCCACGUGGAUAUGGCGCCGGCCUCCACGGUUGAAGGGGCUGGGGAGAAGCCGGGCCCGACGGCACCCACCCCAGCGGCCCAGUACGAGUGUGGGGAGUGUGGCAAGUCGUUCCGGUGGUCAUCCCGGCUCCUGCACCACCAGCGCACGCACACGGGCGAGCGGCCCUACAAGUGUCCGGACUGCCCCAAGGCCUUCAAGGGCUCCUCUGCGCUGCUCUACCACCAGCGUGGGCACACAGGUGAGCGGCCCUACCAGUGCCCCGACUGCCCCAAGGCCUUCAAGCGCUCGUCGCUGCUGCAGAUCCACCGCAGCGUGCACACCGGCCUACGCGCCUUUACCUGCGGCCAGUGUGGCCUGGCCUUCAAGUGGUCAUCACACUACCAGUACCACCUGCGGCUGCACACGGGCGAGCGGCCCUACGCCUGCCCCGACUGCCCCAAGGCCUUCAAGAACUCUUCCAGCCUGCGGCGCCACCGGCACGUGCACACCGGCGAGCGGCCCUACGCCUGCGGCGUGUGUGGCAAGAGCUUCACACAGAGCACCAACCUGCGGCAGCACCAGCGCGUGCACACGGGCGAGAGGCCCUUCCGCUGCCCGCUGUGCCCCAAGACCUUCACACACUCCUCCAACCUGCUGUUGCACCAGCGCACGCACGGCCCCGCUGCUCCCGCCGCCCCCACUGCUGUGGCCACUGCGCGCACUCCGGCCCCUGCCGCUGCCACGCAGGUCCUGGUCUCGGAUGCCUACCUGCCGCGCCCCACGCCGCCCCGCAGCCCACCCACGCCCGCCGCACCGCCACCCGCGCCCCCGCCGCCCCUCGUGCCCGAGCUCUUCCUGGCGGCCGCCGAGACCACGGUGGAGCUGGUGUUCCGCUGCGCUGGCUGCGAGCAGGGCUUCGGCAGCGAGGAGCUGCUGCUGGAGCACCAGCCCUGCCCCGGCCCGCAGGACGCCGCUGCCGCGCCUCCGCCCCCGCCGCCCGCCGAGCCCGCGGCCCCGCCACUUGGCCCUGCACCCAGCUUCGCCUGCCUGCCCUGCGGGAAGGCCUUCCGGACAGUGGCUGGCCUGUCCCGCCACCAGCACAGCCACGGCGCGGGUGGCCAGGCUUUCCGCUGCGGCAGCUGCGACGGCGCCUUCCCGCAGCUCGCCAGCCUCCUGGCGCACCAGCAGAGCCACGUGGAGGAGGCAGCGGCCGGGCGUCCGCCACCCCCGGCCCAGGCGGCCGAGGUUACCUGCCCGCAGGAGCCGCCGGGCCCCGUGCCCGCGCCCACCGAGCGGCCCUAUAAGUGCGCCGAGUGCGGCAAGGCCUUCAAGGGCUCUUCGGGGCUGCGCUACCACCUGCGGGACCACACCGGCGAGCGGCCCUAUCAGUGCGGCGAGUGCGGCAAGGCCUUCAAGCGCUCGUCGCUGCUCGCCAUCCACCAGCGCGUGCACACCGGCCUGCGCGCCUUCGCUUGUGGCCAGUGCGGCCUCACCUUCAAGUGGUCCUCGCACUACCAGUACCACCUGCGGCUGCACUCGGGCGAGCGGCCCUAUGCUUGUGGGGACUGCGGCAAGGCCUUCCGCAACACCUCCUGCCUGCGGCGACACCGGCACGUGCACACCGGCGAACGGCCCUACGCCUGCGGCGUGUGUGGCAAGAGCUUCGCGCAGACCUCCAACCUGCGUCAGCACCAGCGCGUGCACACGGGCGAGCGGCCCUUCCGCUGCCCGCUGUGCCCCAAGACCUUCACACACUCCUCCAACCUGCUGUUGCACCAGCGCACGCACUCGGCCGAGCGCCCUUUCUCCUGCCCUGUGUGUGGGCGCGGCUUCGUCAUGGCCGCCUACCUGCAGCGUCACCUGAGGACGCACGCGCCAGCCCCCGCGGCCCCCUCUGGUCCCCAGCCCCCAGCCCCGCUGGCCGCCGCCCAGGCUCCGCUGGCCACCCAGGAUGUCCACGUGCUCCCCCACCUCCAGGCCACGCUCUCCCUUGAGGUGGCGGGGAGCGCGGCCCCAGCCCCGGCCCCAGUGGCGCCCAACUCCCAGACGUUCCUCCUGGUGCAGACGGCUCAGGGCCUGCAGCUGAUCCCCAGCAGUGUCCAGCCUCCCCCGCCCCCACCCGCACCCCCCAAGCUCAUCCUGCUACCUCCCGCCACCACCAGUGGGGGCUGCCCCACCAGGCAGGGCCCCUGUGCGGCAGGGAAGGCCAGGCAGGGAACAGGGGUGAUGUGGUUGCCUGGUCCUGGAGGUCUGGGGGUGCAGGGGGGAGGCGGUGCAGUGGCCGGUGCGGGGGGAGGGCAGAGCCUUAUUGUUUUGCAGAAUGUAGGAGUUGGAGAGGCAGGGCCAGCGGAAGUGAGUGGGGUCCAGCUGCAGCCAGCGCAGGAAGUGACUACAGUCCAGCUGCAGCCCACGCAGGAAGUGACCACGGUCCAGCUCCAGCCCCUGGCCAGCCAGCUUUCCAGUGCCAGUGGGGGAGCUAUGGCCACUGAGGCCCCAAACCUGCUGGUGGUUCAGGGCGGGGCGGCGGAGGAACUGCUCACGAGCCCAGGCCCGGGGGAUGCCGGGGAUGGCGAGGCCAGCGCCAGCAUGGUCCAGGAUGUGCUCUUCGAGACACUACAGACGGAUGAGGGGUUGCAGAGUGUGCUGGUGCUGAGCGGCGCUGAUGGGGAGCAGACGCGGCUGUGUGUGCAGGAGGUAGAGACCCUGGCCCCUGGGCUGACGGAGACCUCCGCCCCCAGCCCACCAGGACAGAAACUGCUCAUCAUCCGCAGCGCCCCCGCCACCGAGCUGCUGGACAGCAGUGGUGUUGGGCCCGGCACCACCACGCUGCAGCUCCUGGCCCCGCAGCCGCCGCCUGGCGCGGCCUCUGGCCCCGGGGGUCCGCCCACCACUCCCACCUCCCAGAUGUUACAGGUGGUCCCCGUGGGCUCCGGGCCUGGGGUCGGGGCCCCGCCGGGCCUGCCCGCCAUCCAGAUCGUGCAGACCCUGCCCGCGGUCCAGUUGGUGCACACGUUUUGAGGAGAAGCACCGGUUCAUCUCCCUGCACAGACCCUAGCCUUUUGCCCUCGGCCGGCUUGGCCCAGGGGUCAGGGACCUGCUGGCUGGGCUUGCUAAUA